GCCCCGCUGGGAGUCCGGCGCGCGCCGGGGGGCGGGGCGGGCGCCAGGGGGUGCGGGCCCCGCAGGGCGGCCAUGGAGUGAGACGGCGCGCGGACUCGCGCUCGGACGGAAGGACUGACUGACCGACGGGCGGCCCCGGGCUCCGUGCGCUGGAAGAUGAACAGAGCAGAUUCACCAAAACCACCAGUUGCUCCCAAGCCAAAGACUGCCAAUCCCCUCACACCCGUGACGGCACCCAAAUUCCCUUCGUCACCCCGGCCUGACAGUCUUCAUAGUCCCAACUCCAUGUCGAGGGGGCCAAAACCCCCCAUCGCCCCUAAGCCCAGGCUGGAUACCCCCAACGAGUGGAGGGCCAGCGUGUAUAUGAUCAACAGCUUGAACAAAUGCAGCAAUGGAAAGCUGCUCUGUGUAGACAGGGGGCUUUACGAAGAGCAGCAGUCCAACCUGGAGGGCUCCGAGGCUGAGGCCGACGAGGAUUACAUCGUGGUCCCCAGGGCUCCACCGGCAGAGGGCGAACCCGGGGAUGGGGACUCUGUGGAGAAUGCAGUCACGGUGGCUGCGGAUGCCACUCGGGAAGAGGAACACCAGGAGGGAGGUGAGGAGGAGGGGGCAGGAGCUGCUGAGGAUGUGGCAGCCCCAGCCGAAGUGGCGUUGAGUGGAGAGGGCGACCAAGGUGUAGCCCCCACUCCUGAGAACGUGGCGGCAGAUGACUGUGCCCCAGACCCAGGGACCGAGGAGCAGAAGCUCACAGGUGAGGAGGAAGAGACGCUGGUGGAAGAGCACAACAUACACAACCUGGAGGACAGGGGCCCUUGGGAUGGGGAGGCAGUCUUUCCAAGCGAUAUCAUUCUGUCUCAAGUCAACUUAGAGGAUCCAGCAGCUCCUGGUGAGGAGCCUGGGCCCCCGGGGACACCCAGGGAGGCAGAGGAGGAUGGUGAGGAAGGCUGUGCCAAUGCAGAACCAGGGACACCAGACGAGUGCCCGGAUUCCGACAGGCCUGCCGACGGGGGUGCUGAAGAUGCCAGCGAGGAAUCCUUGGAGAGUGAGGGAUUGGCCACAGGCGUCCAGGAGGUAGAGAUAGCUACAGACCGCCCUGAAAUCCCUGAGGAGGAAUGUGAAGAUGCUACAGGUGGUGGCAACCAGGAUGACCAGGAUGAACCACCUGACCAAGAUGAGAAAACUGACCAAGAAGAAAUGGCAGCAAUCACCCAAGAGGAGGGAGAAAACACUGAAGAAGGUGAACACACUGUGCAGGAUGAAGCUGCUGAGGAGAGCUGCCAGAUCAUCCCUUUCGAGAAUGACUGUAUGGAUGACUUCAUGACAUCGCUCUCAGGAAGUCCCUAUGAGUUCUUCCCGACUGAGAGCACAUCUUUCUGUAGUGAAAGCUACUCUCCUUCUGAGCCAGCUAAAGGCUUAGAGUCAGAGCAGGAACCCCAGUCGGGGGGAUGUGCAAAGCAGGACGCGGUGGCUGGAAUUUUGGGUUGCCGGCGUGGUUCCCUGCAGGGUGGCUCUGGGGAGGCUCCCUCUGUCCCCAAUGUGGUGGUCAUGCCAGAGGAUGAGGACGCCACAGAUGACGCACUCACCAACCCCUAUGAGAUGGGAGUCGAACUGCCAUGCGGGGCUGACCCUGGAGAGGGAGAGCAGCCUGAGACCCAGGACGCAUCAGACACCCUGAGUGGUUAUGGCCUGAAAGAAGUGAACUCUGAUGCUGAGGGCAACCUGGUCCCCAUCGACAGGAAGAACAUCAUGUCUAGGGCUAGGCCCCACUCUGGGAAAGUGCCUGGCUACGUCCCAGAAACUGUCCCGGAAGAAACUGGACCAGAAAUUGGCUCGUCAGCCGUUGGCAUUGGAGGGGCCACGGAGGAGGCAAGAAAGAUGGUUUUGUCCUUGGAGGGGAAGCUGCCGGAAGCCAGCCGGGCCUUGCCGGCAAAGCCCAGAGCCUUCACUCUGUACCCUCGAUCAUUCUCCGUGGAAGGCCGAGAGAUCCCAGUCUCCGUGUACCGGGAUCCGGAGGCGUCUGGCUUAGAGGACAAUUGGAUCAAAAGGAAAGAUGACAACCUCUCUCUGCCCUGUGUGAUUGGCUCCUCUGGGAGUUUCUCCCAGAGGAACCACCUUCCAUCCAGCGGCACCUCAACUCCAUCUUCCAUGGUGGACAUCCCACCACCUUUCGACCUGGCCUGCAUCACCAAAAAGCCCAUCACGAAGAGCUCUCCCUCGCUCCUGAUCGAGAGCGAGCCCCCGGACAAGCACAGCAAGAAGAAGAAGUCAUCCUUCAAGCGGUUCUUGGCGCUGACGUUUAAGAAAAAGACCGAGAACAAAGUGCACGUGGAUGUCAACGUGUCUUCUUCCAGGUCCUCUUCUGAAUCCAGCUACCACGGGCCUUCCCGGCUCCUGGAAAUUGACCGCAGGAGCCUCAGUAACUCCCCUCAGCUUAAGGCCAGGACAGGCAAGCUCCGGGCUUCCGAAUCGCCCUCCUCUCUCAUCUUCUACAGGGACGGCAAGAGGAAAGGCGUCCCCUUUAGCAGGACGGUGUCCCGAGUGGAGUCCUUUGAAGACCGUUCCCGGCCCCCCUUUCUGCCCUUGCCCCUGACCAAGCCCCGGUCCAUCUCAUUCCCCAACGCCGACACUUCGGACUAUGAGAACAUUCCAGCCAUGAACUCGGACUAUGAGAAUAUCCAGAUUCCGCCCCGAAGGCCUGCGAGGGCUGGGACAUUUACGAAGCUGUUUGAAGAUCAGAGCAGAGCCCUGUCCACAGCAAAUGAAAAUGAUGGCUACGUGGACAUGAGCAGCUUCAACGCCUUCGAGAGCAAGCAGCAGAGCACAGACCAGGAGGCGGAAAGCGCCUACACAGAGCCCUACAAGGUCUGUCCCAUCUCGUCAGCGGCCCCCAAAGAGGACCUGACAUCGGAUGAAGAGCAGGGAAGCUCGGAGGAGGAGGACAGUGCUGCAAGAGACCCCAGCCUCCCCCACAAGGUGGAAGGACAGUCCAGAGCCCAAGUCAUCGCACAGGAACUGCUGUCUUCAGAGAAAGCAUAUGUGGAGAUGCUCCAGCACUUACAUCUGAAUUUCCACGGAGCUGUCGUGAGGGCUUUGGAUGAAAUGGACCAAGAGGGCAAAGACACGUUGGCCAGGGAAGAGCUGAGGCGUGGCCUGAGCGAACUGCCAGCUAUCCUCGACCUUCACCAGGGGAUGCUAGAGGAACUGGGGGAGAGGCUGCUUCACUGGGAGGCCCAGCAGAAGGUGGCCGACGUCUUCCUGGCCCGGGAGCAGGAGUUUGACCACCACGCUACUCACAUCCUGCAGUUCGACAGGUAUCUAAGUCUGCUCGCUGAGAACUGCCUCCACUGUCCCCGGCUGGCAGCUGCCAUCCGUGAAUUUGAGCAGAGCCAGCAAGGAGGCGGCCAGAAUGUGAAGCACCGGCUGCUGCGGGUUGUUCAGCGCCUCUUCCAGUACCAAGUGCUCCUCACAGACUAUUUAAAUAACCUUUGCCCGGACUCAGCCGAGUAUGAUAACACACAAGGUGCGCUGACCCUCAUCUCCAAAGUCACAGACCAUGCCAAUGACAGCAUGGAGCAAGGGGAAAACCUGCAGAAGCUGGUCCACAUCGAGCACAGCGUUCGGGGCCAAGGGGAUCUCCUCCAGCCAGGAAGGGAGUUUCUGAAGGAAGGGACACUGAUGAAAGUAACGGGGAAAAACAGACGCCCACGGCACCUGUUCCUGAUGAGCGAUGUGCUCCUGUACACGUAUCCCCAGAAGGAUGGGAAGUACCGGCUGAAGAACACAUUGGCAGUGGCCAGCAUGAAGGUCAGUCGCCCUGUGAUGGAGAAAGUGCCCUACGCUCUGAAGAUCGAGACUCCAGAGUCCUGCCUGACUCUGUCUGCAAGCUCCUGUGCAGAGCGGGAUGAGUGGCAUGGCUGCCUGAGCAGAGCCCUCCCUGAGGACUACAAGGCCCAGGCUCUGGCGGCCUUCCACCACAGCGUGGAGAUACGGGAGAGGCUGGGGGUCAGCCUGGGGGAGAGGCCCCCCACGCUGGUGCCUGUCACACACGUUAUGAUGUGCAUGAACUGUGGCUGUGACUUCUCCCUCACCCUGAGGCGUCAUCACUGCCAUGCCUGUGGCAAGAUUGUGUGCCGGAACUGCUCGAGAAACAAGUAUCCUCUAAAGUACCUCAAGGACCGGAUGGCCAAGGUCUGCGAUGGCUGCUACGGGGAGCUAAAGAAGAGGGGCGGCGACAUCCCAGGCCUAAUGAGAGAGCGGCCCGUGAGCAUGAGCUUUCCCCUGUCCUCCCCCCGCUUCUCGAGCAGUGCCUUCUCGUCCGUCUUCCACAGCAUCAACCCCUCGACCUUCAAGAAGCAGAAGAAAGUCCCUUCGGCCCUGACCGAGGUGGCCGCCUCCGGAGAGGGCUCCGCCAUCAGUGGCUAUCUCAGCCGGUGUAAGAAAAGCAAGAGGCACUGGAAGAAGCUCUGGUUUGUCAUCAAAGGCAAAGUGCUCUACACCUACAUGGCCAGUGAGGACACAGUGGCCAUGGAGAGUAUGCCCCUGCUAGGGUUCACCAUUGCCCCGGAAAGGGAAGAGGGCAGCAGUGAAGUAGGACCUGUUUUUCACCUUUACCACAAGAAAACCCUGUUUUAUAGCUUCAGAGCAGAGGAUACCAGUUCAGCUCAGAGGUGGAUUGAGGCCAUGGAAGACGCAAGCGUGUUAUAGCAGUUAUCAAGCAUGUGGACUCAGAAUAAACUCUUAGGUUGUUAUGUGGACCCUUCCAGAAGCCAAUCCAUGUCUCCUCUCAACUGGACACACAUUGGAUUCAGCGUGGGGGCCUGUCUUUUUUGAUGGAAGCCCCUCGCUCACACCUUCACAUGUGGAAUCCUUAACGGAUGUUUAUGGACCGCCCCUUUUCUGUCUUCGUGUUUGCCACCCCACCCCGGCAUAAACUAUUUCCUUACCCAGCAGUGAGUUAAAACUUAGUAACAUGAAGACAUGGGACCAGUAGAAAAGUACAUUUUAGAAAUGCAGGCUUUUUUAGUAGAAACAAGCUUUUUCAAUUUUUACUCCUAGUAAAUAAACAUUGUCACCUUUCAUAUUGUUGAUUUUGGUGCCUCAGGUGAAACAAAAAACAACCAGUAAAUAACAGCUACUCUCAUUGAAAGCACUUUAUUGUUUUACUGAGCUACAACCUCCAGUUUUAUUUUUUCCUAGCGAUUUACUUAAGUGAAUACCAGAUGGAGUCCUGUGGACUAAUUUGCCACCAGCACUUGACAAGAGUGUACGGAAAAUAGACUUGCAAACCUGGCUGUGGUGACACUUGGAGUGGGGGUCCUCCUUACUGCAGACGGCUCUGCGCUGGAUUGGAAUUGGAGGACUUCCUCCUCCAUUUGAUCGUGCGAACCUGUAUACUGACAGGACUUGAUAAAGGAGGGACUCCCUCCUUCCCACGGCAGUCCUCAACAUUACACCAGUGUUGGAAGCUCGGCUGCUGACAGAUCCGGCCCCGCUCCGGAGGUCACUGCAAACCCUCCGAAGAGACAGGGUCUGCUUUAUUUAUUGUGUGCCUUCCUUAGUUUUACCCCACACAAGCUGACAGCGUUGUUUAUAAGAAUCUGUUCUUAUUUUUGACAUGGUAAUCUUUUGGCUGUAUUACCGAAGCCUUGAGAGAGAUAAAAAGAGAGAAAAGAAGAUUGAUCAGCAGGUGAAUUUGUGUUCUUGGUCAAUGGCUCUGAACACAGUGAGAGAGCACAGAAGCAGUGGAUUGAAGAUAACUCUCUGGGCUCCUGGGGCUCAGCCGCCUCCCGCUGAUGACUGCUGCUCAUUAUGCUGGAAGUAUUUUUACAUAAAGCAAAUUGGGGUGGGAGGAGUGGGUGGGAUUCCUUGUUAUUCUCAUCAAAAUAAAAACAAUCAUAUCAUUUUCUGA